GAAUUUAUACCAUAUAGACAGACCGACAGAGCGGACGAACGACAGUGCGAGCGGAAAAGUCUAGAGCAGACACUCGGCUUCAACUCGAAGAGUGCGAAUAGACGUGUAUAUUCUGGAUUAUCUUUACUUCUCCACGUCUUCGCCUCUUUAGCUUGUAGAAACCAAUGUGUAUUAGUGAUCGGAGUUGACAAGCCCGCUCCACCACCACCACCACUGUAUCUGUUGUCUAACCCCCCUCCCCCUCUUCCAUUGCUCCACCACAACCAGGAAAUCGUCGAGGUGCACUCCUUCAUACUACUGGUGGCUGUGUCGAUGCGUGUUAUUCGCCGAAAUUUGUCCGUGUUUAUUUCAGUACACUGACUUUUAAAGUCGGGCUUGAGCUCUGAAGUCAGCUAAACUUGUCUACGAGGAGAGGAUCUCCACUCCGGCGAACAAUGAGGUGGGUAAAGUAGCGUAAAUCCCUUCAUCUUCAUUGUGUUUCCAGGCUACAUUUUGUGUUCCGGCCACUCGUUUCACAAAACCGACUAAUCAGUUGUGACUUAUAGAUGUGUCUCGAACUUCUGCCGAGAAGAUAAAUCACUACAACUGUUGUAUACAUCCCUAUAAAUAAUACAAAAAACGGUUUAUCUUCUUAGUUACACAGGUUGCACAUGAAUCGUUGUACCGGGUUUGGCACGUUUUAGGGAAAAAAAAAAAACUUGAUGUCUAGAAUUAGGUCGUUGUAGAAGCCAGCACCUUUCCGCUCGUGUGUGGCCCCUUUUAAGGAAAGUCUACCCAAGUUAGUGUUGUUGGUAGGGUCAGAUGAGGGAACACAUACUUAUGAAUCCGUUCCGGACACUUCAUUUUGGUUAGGUUGUUUUGCUCCAUGGGCUUAAGCAGUUUAAAAUAGUUUGUAUCCACCUCAACUCAAAACACCUCGAGUAUAAAAAUAACAGAUUUAAAAUAGAAAGCAACAGUUUAUUUCUAUAAGUUAAAGUCACUGAAUAUUUAUGUUGUGUGUCCAUAAACUGCACAAUGUCUACUUAGCUAUCCAGUUGCCCCUUAAUGCAUUUUUCUGUGGUAAUGAUAGCAUGCGAAUAAAACCCUAUUUUAAACUCUCCCCCUUAAGGAUAUAGGAUUUUGCUAACAUUUUCCUCCUUGUGCAGUAAUAAGUGAGCAUCUUCAACCCCCCUAAGAAAAAAAAAAAAAAAAACACCAAAAGCUCACUGCCUCAAAUUCCACAUCCUGUCCCAGCCUGUGCAGUUGGCAAUUACUCGCUUUGAAAAUAUUGCUGCAGGAAGAGGUUUCUUUUGGCUGACUUUGUUUUCUUUCGCUCACCAAUUCUUACCAUGUAUUCUUCCACUCAGAGGCGUAAGACUGUUUUUUUUUUAACCCUACCCAUCUUUAGUAAAUCUUCAAGCUAUAAUUAAUGUAACUUUUUUUGUUUAGGUUAUGUAUCACAUCAGUAUUGGCAGUCUUUUUGUUACGAUUGUUUGUGGUCAUCAUAUUGAUUUUAUUUUUACGUCUUAUCAGCAUAUUCACCCGCUUGAUGAGCAUCAUCAAUCAUCUCCAGACUGACCUGAAAUUGUUGGAAUUAAUUUCGCUGAAAGCAUUUCGUUCAAUCUUACAUGACAGACUUUGGGAGACCAUGGAACAGCGCCUGUGUUUUUAAUUAUGUUUCUGGAGGACAUUUUCUUCUUCUUUAUUAUUAUUAUUAUUAAUAUUUAUUAUUUUGUUGUGUGCUGCUAACCUCUUGGCCAGGUCAGUCUUGUAAAUGAGGUCUCAAUCUCAACGGGUUCUUACCUGGUUAAAUGAAAAAAUUAAAAAAUCAUCAUCACUCCUAACCUGACAGUUAUGAGACGGUAAUUAAAAAAAAAAAAAGAAACAAAUCUUUGAAAAAAUCCAGUAAAUUUGCUGAGUUAGUAUUUAAACACAUUUAUUUAAGUAGUUUUAAGGAAAGUUGGGAGGAGCAAAUUAACUUAAAUGUAUUCUAAGUUUUACUAGCAUGCCUCUGGGUCUUAACAUGUAAGAGGAAAAUAUUGUGAUUUAUAACUACACUACAGUAAUCCAAUGACACAAGUUACUUUCUUGAUACAAUUGAAUAAUAUGAAAAUUGAAAUGAACAAUGUGGAAUAAUUCAUUAACUUUCCAGCAGUGUAAACUUGGCUCAUCUCAUACCUAUUUUAACACUUCAGCUGUUUUGACAUAUGCACCCAGAAAACCUCAGGAAAAAUUCCUAGAGCUCUGUCAAGAAAGGAAACUCAGAGGCAGAUCAUGAUGUCAAAUAGACACUGCAGUGAUUGUGUUGUAAUUUUUACACCUAAGCUCACUAACUUAAAUCUAUUGACUCUUUAGUUUUACUCUCUCAUAUGAUUUUUUUGAGUCUCUUUGUUUUUGUUUGUCUCUCAACCCAGUGGCAUGUAGGGAUGCACUGAUCAGCUUUUUUCACCUCCGAUACCGAUACAGAUAUCUACAAUUUAGCAUCGGCCGAUACGAUCCAAUUCUGAUACAGAAAAGUCGCGCUGAAUUACCUUUUGUUGUAACCUGAAGUUUUACCACUGCUCCUCAGAAACUUUUCCGGCGCAGGUAUUGCAAGUGGCCGUUGAGCUUGUAGGCUGCAGUAUUGUGAUAUAGUUCAAAAUAGCAGAUCCCUUUGCUUGCUCCAUUUUGAAAACAAUGUGGGCAGUCGCUCAGCAUGUUUACUUGUGGAUGCCACUCAUGGCGCAUAGCAUAGAGUUAGACUGAAUAGAUCCCUAUGCAUCGGGCCUAUUGUCACGAUACCCGAUCUAGAAUUUUCUUCAGUAUCGGGACCGAUAUCAAAUAUCGGAUUGGUGCAUCCCUAAUGGCAUGUGUCUGUAAAUUCACUGCUGUGUUAUUGACCAUUAAUGCGACAAAAUUAAGUAAAAAACAAUUGACUGACUAGGACAGCCUUUUCUAUUUAUAUCAAUGCAACAAGUGAUGUAACAUCACAGCAUCAAUAAAUUAGUGAGAAAUAAAAUAAAUGACACAAAAAAAUGAAUUAUCAAACAAAAUGGAGGUUAAUAUAAUACAGGUGAGGAUGUUCUUUUUAGCGGCAUUUGUCUUUUUUUUUUCUUAGCUGCUUAUUUAGAAAAAUAGAAUCACACUAGUAACGGGACAAGGUAGAGCAGGUACUUACCUGGUAGACAAGUCCAGAUUCAGGAAACAGUUGCAGACUGUGAAUCCAUAGUGUACUUACUUUUCUCCAUGCAUGUGGCUGUAAUCAAAUUAAAUACUUUAUCUGUAAUUUAAGAUACAUAUCCAUACCAGAGUAAUGAAUCACAAAUUUAAUUAUGUUCAAGUGAAUUUUUUCUAACUGUUCUCCAUCUUUUACUCACUUCUCCAGGGUAAAAAAAAAGUUCCAGUCAUGAUAUAUAUUGACUUUAUAGAAACUGUUUGAACGUUGCCUACAGCAACAGAAAUUCUUCACAUGCUCCUGUGAAAAAAAUGUAAAAUCACACAUGGGGGCACCAAUAUCAAACAGUUGCGUGGUAAACAAGUACAAAAGCAAAGCACCAUUAUCAAUUUAUAUAUGGGUAAUUUAUGAAUCCUUAUGUACCAGAACAUAGACAAAUUGCUGUUCUGAUGGGUCAGUGGUACUCAAACUGUCAUGAAAGAAAUCAAAUGUGGACAAUACCAAGGGCACACAGGAUUAUGUGCAGAGCUAGGCGAUUAAUCAGAUUUUAAUUACAAUUAUAAUAAUAGCCCCCAGCAAUAAAAAAAUAAGAAAAUCAAGACUGAACAAUUAUUGCGCUGCCUGCUGUGUCCCCUCUGCUACGUCCUGUACCUCACUGAAGCGCACUCUCUCUCUUCCAUAACAGCUCUCACUUUCUCUUCAUCAUUAGCAGCUCUGACCAGUGUGAAACAGCUCCCACUCAGAAUAAUAGUGGACUGCUGUAUCUUUACCCUUUUCUGUAACGGCGGUACAAACUGUCAGGCAUCCACAGGAGGAAAGUGAGGAGAAGGGAACGGGGCAGACAGGUGUGUGCAUCAGUGUGUCUCUGAGGGACAUUAGAGCAUGAUGUGAGAGAGGCUGUAUCAACCCACAGAAGCCAGUGGUGUUUCUCGGUGUUGUUGAUUUGGCUUUGGUUUGCUUGUAGAUGUAGCGACAAACUGUGUUAACUGAUAAUGGUUUUCCUGAAUUUACCAACCUGCAGGACGUUUCAGACAGGUGUUUUUGAGCCUUCCACAAUAUUCCCAGUCUUUUGUUGCCCCUGUCCAACUUUUUUUGAUCUUGUUGCAGGCAUCAAAUUCAAAAUGAGUUAAUAUUUAAAAAACAACGAACAAUAAAGGUUAUAAAAUUGAACAUUAGAUAUCUUUUCACGGAUUGCAUAUCUAAGAAAUCACUCAAGCUUUUCAUGCUUUUAUAUAAUGUCUUUUGUAAUGCCAAGACUUGGGCUUGUAUUUUAAUGUGACUCUGAUUGAUGUCCCUCACUUUUAAGCCUUGCACUCAUUAGCCUGUAAGCACUCGUACACUCUCGUGAUAGCUGCAGCAUCUCUCUCUUUUCAUGCUUAUUAUGCACCUCGGCAUUUCAGACACAAAUAUACAACCACCUGCCUCCUCCCACUCCUCAUCCUGCUCUCCCUUCUCCACCUGUUGCUGCUUGAUAGUUUGUACCGCCGUUGAACGGGGUGUUGAAGAAGUGUGGUCCACCAUUAAUCUUUGCAGGAGCCACAACUUCCUUGUGCUCCCAAAUUUUGUUUCGCGUUGAUUGGAGCUGCUUAUGAUGAUGAAAUGUGCGAGCAGUGGAAGUGAGAGCUGUUUGAGGGGAGGGGUUGCACAGAUGCGCUGCUGUUAAGGAAGAGAGGGAGGGUCUGUUUAUAGUUUUGAUCAUUAUAUUUCUUUGAUUAUUGGAAGUCAUAUUUGUAAGGUAAAUUGAAAUCCGAUUGAUCCCGCUCCCUCUCUGUACUGCUGGCAGGCCUAUUUAGCUCCCAAUACUAGUGCAUUGGGUACUCCCAUUGCACCACAGAUGAGCUGAUCAAGUGCCCGGUAGCCCCUCAGAGCAGAUGAUCCGGCAUCCAUGGUUUCUAAAAUGAUAGUCAAAUUUAGGUUUGUCAGAUCAUAGGAUAGUUUCCACUUUGCACCUCAAACAGGUUCAGGCAAAAAGAUGCUGCUACUACUCAACACAAUUGGUCUAUUGAUAUUCUGUUGCAGUACCCAAUAUUUUUUUUUACUGUACAAGUUUGUUUAUUAACAAACUAUGAUUCUACCAACAGGACAGUUCCACUUAAACUUGUCAAAAGCAACCCAACUACAUUUUCAACUACAGUAUCCGUUUAUGAAGGUGGCCUUGCAUUGCCAGGCCCAUCAGCCAGCUCAUAUUCAAAUUCACUGGCAGGUGGGUCAGGAACCACUGUUUCAAACAUUUUCCAUCUGUGGCCGAUUUACCAACAUGAUCACUGUCCCUUGUUUUAGAUGACAGCACAGGAGUACAGCUUUUGCAUAUAAACAGCCAAGAUGCUGCCAGAAGGUCCACUGAACCCGCAUUUCGAAUGAAUUAGAUUAUGUAUUUUCAUUAAAACAAGACCGAACAACUGCGCAAACAGCCUUCAUUGGAGAGGAAGAUGUGUUUCGUUGCCUUCCAUGCUGCUAUUUCCGUUGCUAUUGUUUUGCACUAUGUCACACGUUGUGUUAACCUGAUGGGUCUACACAAUCCCUUCCAGAGACACUUUCUUGAACGCGCACCUUGGAAAAAUGGAACGGUCACUUUUAUGUCGGUGAAAUUUAUGUGGGAGAGCGCUUUGUUCAUCGGCAUGUUAGCUACUAGCCUGAUGCCAAAGAGAUGUUUAAUUCCGGCAAGAAGUGCACAUUUGAGUCCCUCGGAUCACUCCACCUUGAUAUAAAUGUUGUGAUUUGUCAGAACUCGUGUAUAGACAGUUGUUUUUCUCUGAGCUGGGAAUGAGGUCACACCUGUCUUACCAGUGUUUCAGUCACAAAGUUGGAAAAAAGCUAAAUCGGAGGCGGAAGCAAGAUGGCUACAUCUACGAAAGUUAUUUUAGCGCUUGCCUUGGCCAAAUAAGCAAGGACAAGGCAAGCGCUAAAAUAACUUUCGUGGAUGUAGCCAUCUUGCUUCCGCCUCCGAUUUUGCUUUUUUCCAACUUUGUGACUGAAACGCUGGUAAGAAGGGACGUUAUUCCCAGCUUGGACUUCCGCUAUCCGAGUUAACUCGAACGCAGCACAAGUUUUGAUAGCAUAAGGUGUACGGAGGUAUUCUUUUAAAGAGUGGCUUGCUGUUGUCGUAAUUCCUCAUCCUCUCAGUAUGAACGAUGCUGUGAUGGCUACUGUGGCCCAGUGGUAGAGUUAGUCGUCUCCUAAUGGGAGGAUUCGAUCCUAGGGAUGUCCACAUGUCAAAGUGUCCUUGGGCUAGACACUUAACCCCACUUGCCUCCAUUGGCUGCGCCCAGUGGUGUGUGAAUGGAAUGAGUCAGUCACUUACACCAGAGCCACAUUGAACCAUUCAGUCAAUGCAAAGCACUGGAUGUUGGGAAAUUCCACUAGUGUACAGUCUAAGAUAAAAAAAGGAAAAUGAUGGUAUACUGUGAAAUGUAAGUGGGUAUAUGUUGCAAAUAUUGCACUGUGACUUCCACAUGUUUACAUACAUCUUACUUUGACCCCUGAGUAGGUUUGGGUACUAUCAACUGGUUCCAACUUUGAAGCGGUUCCAAGUUCCUCUUGAAUUUGAUAAGGCACAUGAAUUUUAGUUUAGUUGUUGAUUCCUAGCAGCAUGCAAGAAUUUUGCAGUCCUCAUUAAGUUUUACUUCUCUGCCAGGACCUGCUGUGCUUGCGGAAAUCAUCUUAUUACUCGUGAUGCAGUUCGUGAAGACAGUUGUGAGAGGAGUAUCAAGGCAGACUGCAGAUAAUCUACACUUAAAAGAUAAUGGCAUAGAUAGAGAGAAAGCAAGUCCAACAUGACAAAGCAUUUACUACGGCGCAGCAGGAAUUUAAAGGAAUGCAGUGUAUUCAAUAUGCUGCAGUCUCCUGUUCACAAAAACAACCCAGCCACUGCGAGUAGGAACAGCUGUGGUAACAUCUUGUUGCACUCAGGUACAAAACACAGGUAAGCUAUUUCAGACAUGCAAUCUGGCAUAUCGCUAAAAAAUUUCAGGGUAACAAUGUAACAGCAAAAGAUAAAAUGAUUACUCAUAGAGUUACUAAAAUGGCCUAUUAUGUAGCAGAUUUUAAUGCAUGACGCAUCACGCUGUUACGAUUUAUCGGCCAAUCAGGUAGCUUUGUUCCUGAAUUUUUUUUAAGCGGCACCAGAUAGGAUUGAGUUUGAAGGCUACAUGUGGACGCAGAUAUUUUUGAGAGCUAACACGUGUGGACAGAUACAUUUAUUUAGACUGGAGUACAAAAAUAUCCUGAUAAAUAAAUAUCUAUAUACCUGUAGUCUGGGCCAAAGAUGGACACAUUAUUUCCAUUUACCAUGACCUGGCACAGGGAUGAUGGGGUAGCCUUUGAUAGAAUAGAUACCGUCUAGGCUUUACACCAUCUGUAUUUUUGGGGCUGAUCACCUAUCAGUAGGGCUGGAACGAUAUGCUUUUCUCCCGAUUCGAUUCUUCUACAAUUUUUUGGGAUGGCAAUUUGAUUUAACUUGCAAUUCUAUGAUUUUCUCGAUUUUUAGUCUGCAUUUUUAACACCAGUGAAACAGUUGAAUGAUUAUGAUUGUCCACUGACUAUUCCAGGAACCAUAUUUCCCCCAUAAAAAUACACAUCACAUGUAAGUCAGUUUUUAAGAUUUAUUCUUAAAUUUAAAAAAAAUAUAUAUUUAUAUAUUUAUAUAUUUUUUGAGCAAAAAAAAAGAUUUUCUCUCACCCUUACCAAUUAGUGUGUUAAAAUAAUCCGAAAACUGAUCAUGAUCUGAUCACAUGAGGGAGCAAUUUGUCUACUUAAAUAACUUGUUUAUUUACUGUAUACACUCACCACAGUAUGUGUGUUCUGGGCGGAGAUAGCGAGCAUCAAGGUACACCAGCAAGCGACGGAAUACGGGGUUCUCAACGAUAUUAAAUAGCAGGUCAGCCAGCACAGUAAAUUCCGUUAGCUUUCUUGUACUCCCCCUCACCUUCUGUAUGCCCAGGCACAGUCCAGACAGAGUCUUUUGCUGUAGCUGAUUCAGUGUCUCUUUUUCCUUUUACAACAUACAUAAGCCACUUUGCUGCUGUAUGAGUCCAUGAUAAAUAUUGUAAAGCUUUAAUUGAUCCAACUGCACUAUUGUGCUUUCAUCAUUUGAAAUACACUUUUACAACUCUUGCAGUGAGACUGCACACUUCAGUUUGAAAGGGUAGAUCCCUUUGUCUGUCCCCAGGUCAUUUGCUCCUCUAAGUGUUGUCUCUGUGCAUUUUUUGAAACAGUGUUUUAUGAUUGGAGGUCUUAUUUAAACCGAAAAUUGCUCUCACUAGCUCUCAGUUCGACCUUAACAGCUUAUGUCACUUUGUACAAUAGGCAGAGACUGGAAUGCGGCUUCACUCAUGCUCAUUGUCAUUUGUGCCUGUGGCAUGUGAAUGUUGACACAGGAGUGCAGUCAGUUGGUCCUAAAUAUAACAAAUUGUCCCAGUCGUGAAAGUGGUUCAUUAACGUAUCCCAAAUUUAAGCUGCCAGUACAACAGUCAAAAGAGACGUUCUCUAGUUUCGUUCUAAAUUUGUAUUGUCGUUAAAGGCCUCGGUGCACUUGCAUUCAGGAUGCUAUUGGAUCUUAUCGAGGAUCUGUUGUGCAUACUGUAUGUGUUUAGUAAUAGUUCUUUAAUGUUGACUUUUUUUUUAUUUUACGUGUCAGCUUUACAUAUUUCCCUCCAUGUUUUCUUUCAACAUCUUCUUGUGUGUGAUAACUAUUCAGAGUAUCUCUUCCUUUUAAAAAAUGUGGCACAGACAACGCUCCCAUCUGUAUUAUUGUUUACCUUUGUUAUCAGAGUUGACUUCAAGUCCUAUUCCCGAUUAACUGACCAAAAGACCUGAAUCUGACAACAAGAACAGCAACAACCCUGCUAUGUUAAUCGGUCAACAACAAGUAGCCCCUGAACACAGGCAGUGAUGGAAACUGAAUGGAUCCCCAGUAUGGCUGCACAACAUAUCAUUUGACCAUAUAUGCUUACACAGUAUUCACACCAUGAGUCUUUCUAUAUGUGUUAUGAGACAUGCAGACUUUGCAUACACGCAGCAAUUACCUGUUCAAUACAAUUCAGUUAACACCCAGGGAAGUUUCAAGCAUGACCAGGGAACAGAAUCAUACAAGUGAGAACAAGGAUGUAACAAGCAUGGGUUGCUUGGUAGGAUCAGGCAAUUAAUCCAAUUUCAAGUUCAGUUAUGAUUGUGUUGAUACAUGAACAUAAAAAUAUGAAUAUCAAGAGUGAACAGUUACCAUGUCGCCUGCUGUGUUACACUUGUUUUGUCCUUCUGUAACGAAGCAUGUAUUCUGCCCCGCUCCUCCUCAAACAGCUUUCACGUUGUGUAAAUGCUGCAAUUGUUUAUAAUCGGCUGCCCUAUCUUUGAUAUGUUGUGCUAUGGUAGUACAAACUCAUCAUGCAGCCACAGAUAAAGAGAGGAAGAGGAGACAGAGGAGCAGACUAGUGAAAAGCUGUAGUGAUCACAUGCAUAAACAAGCCUUAAGCAAAUGACUUCCAGGCUAAAAAGUUUCAUAGUUCUGUUUUAUAUUAAAAUAUAAACCGAGCCUCAGUGAUGGGCAAGUGCUGGACACCAUUUUGUUGUCUUCUACCAAAAACAACUAAAGCAAAAAAAUAAAUGAAUAUAUAAAUAACCUACAAAAUGAUUUUAGCGUGUUCCUAACUUACCUCAGCUUUCAGCCAUAUCUGGAUGAAUUUCCAAAUAUGUUCCUGUUCCCCACUGAAGUACAGAAGUCAGGUAGAAGACUCUUAUCUGCUUGGCUUAAGACGGGAAUAAGACUUUUGUAGGAAAGUCUUUUCUCCACUGAUAAAAUACAGUACGUUUGACAAGAGGGUCACGUGUUUCUACCAUGGCCCUACAUGUCCAAAAAAACACUCUACCAUAAAAAAGUAGUGAUUUGGAUUUAUAAUAAAUGUCUGAAGAUUAAUAUUUGAUAAUAAUAAGAUAUGACAUUUACACUUGUUGAAAGGGGCACCACCCACCUUUUAAAAGUGGAAAAAUGAAAUAGAAAUAAAAGUUUAAUUCAGAAAUUAAACGUUAAAUCAAUUUGAAAUUAAUCUCAUAUCUCAAGCUGGAAUUCUCAUUUCAGGGACUCAACUUCUGGAAGAACACUAACAGACAAGAACUCAGGAAAAUAAGACUAUUGAAAUGAAUGUUAGUAAGUGAAUAUGCAUUAACAUAUUAACCUUAAUUGACUGUUGUCGGUGGUUUGAGAGAGAUGGCCCAGGAGUGACAGCACAUAGGUCUGAAUGCAGAACCAGUGCCUUUAGGAUCCUUUGGGUUCUCCUUUCUCUGGCUCAGAGGAUGACUUUGGGCCCUGUAGGUAAUAGCUAUUUAUGAGGGUUACUUUCAUGUUCUCUAUUCUGCCUGUCACUAAAACAAACCUGUCUUUUUUAUCAGCUAUGACACAGGGUUGUCUUGAGGCUACAAAAAAAGUUCUUCUCUUUCUCCUUCUCUCUGUCAGUGCAGCAGGCUGGUCGCACUGUUUUGCUGCACGUGUUGCAUUAGCAUUACUGGAUCCUUCAUAGAUGUGUAAAUUAGCUGCGUCAUGGGUGCUAACAUUCCCCCGUACCAUCACAGAUGCUGGCUUUUAAACUUUGCGCUGAUAAGAAUCUGAAUGGUCCUUUUCCUCUUCAGUCUGGAAGAUACCACGUCCAAGACUUCCAAAAAUGUUUUGAAAUAUGGAGUCAUCAGACCACAGCACAUUUUACCACUAUGCGUCACCCCAUCUCAGAUAAGCUUGGGUCCGGAAAAGCCAGCUGUGUUUCUGGUCGUUGUUGAUAUAUGGCUUUGGCUUUGCAUGGCAGAGUUUGAACUUAUAGAUGUAGACUUGUAGACUGUGGUGUUUCCUAAGUAUUUCUUAAUUCACCCGGUAAAAUCCUUCGCAGAAUGAUUUUUUAUGAUCCUUUAAUUCUGAGUUUUAUCUUCACUGCUCUGCUGAGUUGAGGGAGACUGGCUUCAGAUCGGACCUUUGGCGGUCAGCUGAACUCAGACACAGCCUCUUACCAAAACAGAGAUGGAAGCUUCUAGCAUCGACAGAAACUUGCAGUUUCACUUUAAGUAAUACGUAAAUCUUUGCAGAUUACCUUCGUUUUUGAGAGACAGUCUCUAAAAACAUACUGCUCUUCGCUGUGGGAUAGGAGAGUUCCUAGAUGUAACAAAAACAAACGCAUGGCUGUCAAGUUGCAAAAAACCUUGAUUUUGUGGAGAGCCAUCUGACAGUGCUUUUAAUGGUAAACUUGCAGUUCAAAAGUCCAUGUCUUCAUCCAAUUCUGCACAGGGAGGUCUGUUUCUGCUCGCCAUCUGUAACUGCUGAAUUGCUAGCAGCUUUAGCAUCAGCAGUAGCCCCAGUAGCCCUAGCAUCGCAAGUUAGCAUCAGAGGGUUACAAACAGCAAGGUCAGGAUCUCCACAUGGCAGUCUGUUCAACAAAAAUUAAAGUCUACCAUAUAAUGUUGGGGCGCCACAGCUCUGCAUUCAGCAGACAUAAAUUAGGGCAUAAGAUGCACCACAGAGUCCUCAAUUACAGCCAAAGUCUGUGGUGACAGCAGGAUAAUAUGGAGUCUCAUAACACCACUAAAAGAGGAACUUCCAUCGAGUGGCAUUUGUUGACACUGCAACUAUAUGACAUUAAAUGGACCUCUGGCUGAUGGUCACAUCAGAGACGUAUAGGCAGUAUUACAAAGAUUACAGAGCAUGUGUGUGUUCAUCAUGGGUUAAAAGAUUAGUGAAUAAAGAAUAAAUCAUACAUGCGGUAUUAACACGUUAACCUUGACAGCCUUUUAUAUACAGGAAUGUGUCAGUCCACGCUUACAAUGACAGCACAUCAAAUCUAACAACUUUUGGCUAAUGUUUAAUGUAAAUUCUAGUAGAAUGUACAGGAUAAGUCUGUUUAGUGUUGCUUCCAUUCAAGAUAUGUCAUGUUUUAAAAUCUACAACAUAACCCAGUGCCAGCGUAUUUUUCCAUUUCAUUAAUUAAAAUUCAUCCAGCAGUUUUCAAGCUACGGUAUCAUCUCCAAAACAAAAGAAAGCCCUAACAAAAUCAUCUUUACUAUCUGACACUAUUUUGGAGUUUAAAAUAAUAUUGAGUAUAAAUUCAUAAAAAGAUUGAAUAUAAAAAUAAUCAUUUUUGGUUUUACCAAAGGUAGAGAAGUAUAUAAAUUGACUAUUAUCAGUGUCACAUGGUCUGUAUUUUAGUGAGGCUGUAUGAGGGAGGAUCAGACACACAGUGACCUGUUGUUGCUCCUUUAAAUGGGAAGUUUGACUGUAGGUUAAAAUGAUCAACUCCAUGAAUCACUGUCUAUCUUUUGUUCAGCACAGCCACCCUUUCCACAAGUAAUCUCUGUCUUGUUGUUCCAUGUUUACUUUGCAGAGUGUGUGAAUUAAGCUGUGAAAGAGAAGUUUCUCUAAUACUGAGACAUGGAUGUUAUUGUUUGAUUUCAGUAGCUUGUUAAACUGUUGACUUGGUUUCACUUGGUACUGCUGUCUGUUAGCUACAGAGAGACCUGAAGGCAAGGCUAGUGAGUUGGUGAUGGUCUGGAGGAAAAAGUCUUUAAAAUCCUGAGAGACAAAAAUCGAAGAAUGGCUGCUAUACACGGUGUUGCUGUACUUAAAAGUCUGGACAAUGAACUGAAAAGAGUGUGGCUUGUUUCCGCUUUGCGACUAAUAUAUGUUAGUCAUUUGUCUAAAAAAACCUUUAUCCUGUGAAUCAUGUGUUUUACCGUCAUUUACAUGGUAUUUAAAUCCCAGUUUUUAUUCCACCAAGAAGCCUAGUAAGAGAUUAACGAAAAGUUGCAGAGGAGCUUUGAGGGAGGGUCAGGCAAACAUAGGUGGAGGAGGACAGAAGACAAGGAGCUACUGAGCCUGCCUGUACUUGCCAGCACAGUUGGGGAAUAGCAGUCAGAUCACAGCCUUAUACAGACAUCUUCAGAGGAGAACACAGGCUGUGCCCUGCUAUUUCCUGUUAACCCUUCCCUGACGGCAUAACAGCUGAUGAAUAAGCACACUCUAACUGCAUUAACAGCAAGUUAAGACUGAGUCCACCUUUCAUGACGUCUCUCAGUGUCAAAGCACAGUCAACUGUAUAUCACUCAGUAUUUUGUUGGCCGCACAUGUGUUGAGAGCAGUUGUGAGAGCAUUUGUGAGCCCCUGUCCUUACAUGCCUGUGCUCCUGCUUUUCAUGCCUCUAUGACCAAAGUCAAUAAUGUAGAUCCUCAAUCUGUCAUGUUACGGAGCCUUUGCUCUCUCUGCUAUUAGAAGUGUAUCUAUUUCCCACUCUCUCUAUCUCCUCCUAGAUCCCAUAUGUUGUCACCCCCUUACAUAGCAUACUAGAUAAAGAUGAUGUUAGAUAUGGCUUAUCCACCAGACCCAAGAUUAUUUAACUUACUCAAAAUGCCUAGUAAUAUUCAAUUGUCAAUGCUGAGCCUAUUUACUAGGGCCGGACCGAUUUAUUGGCAAGCCAAUUAAAUCGGCUAAUUCUAGCCUGUUUGAGACUAAUCGGUAAUCGGCCAAAAUUCGCAGAUUUUCGCUGAUAGUUUCAGAAAAGAAAUGUGGAGAAUAAGAUUCGGUUUCACUUUGAAAAUUGUCCGCCAUUAGAAAAGUUCCCCGACUUAUCCUGUAAAUGGCGCAGCGACCUCGUCACCCUCCGGCUAAAACUCUGGCAAAGUAUACACAUGAAGACCAACAUCUCAAGGUAACACUAAGGUCAUACCAUGGCCUUGGAGGAGAUAGCUCAAACUAUAAAAUGUUUUAGGAGCGCCCAAAAAAAAAAAAAAAACUUUACCAAAAUUUUUUUUUUUUCUUUUCCUUUUCCUUUUUCUUUUUCUUUUUCUUUCUUUUUUUUUUUUAACUUUUGUAGCACCCCAGAAUUUCAAACUGCUCUAGCUGUAUUUCAAUGUAGCUACAAAAUUUAUAUAAUGUAAUAUACUUACAUAUAAAAAUAUACUAAUAAGAGAUAAAAGAUAUAUAUACAUAUUUAAAAAUAUCUCUCUGUCUCUCUCUCUCUCUCUCUCUCUCUCUCUCGCUCUCUCUCUCUUUUUUUAUAUAUAUGUAUAUAUAUAUAUAUAUAUAUAUAUAACACCUGUUUGUACUGAAAAAUGUUUGGAAUCAGGUUCAGGAAAAUUAGAAACUGUGAGUGUGUGGACAGUUAUUGUUGAGGCUGAGGCAAACCUUAUUAGGCAGUGUUGGCAGCAGGAAAUGGGUUGUGGCUUUGGUGUUGUGUCACAGGAAGUAGCAGAUUGUAUCAGGGACUGAACAGAUGGAGAGAGGGACUGUAGGAAGAAUACAGGGAUAAAUGCAGUGAAGAUGGAUGAUUUGGGGAAAAAUAAAAGCUGGAGUUCAGUCAUUCACUUUUGUUUCUCUGUCCACAUUCACUUUUAAUCACUAAAGUUUAAGAAUCUUUGUAUUUUUCUAGCUUUUUUUAUUCCUGUUUUUAACUAUUCGUAUGGGCUCUAUUCAUUCAUACUAAGUUGUGGAAAUGUUUCCUUUCUCUUGUUUAUCUUAAGAACACAGUGACUGGAACACACUCUGCGGUCUCCAACUCUGCUACAUAAGCUUGCAUUUGUGCAGACAUUCCUGAAUUUGUUUUAACAUGUAAAUUCUGGUUGCAUGGGAGUACUAAAUAAGUCAUCUCUUAUCUCACAGCACCACAACACAAAGUGUUUUGAGAUUGGUCAAUGUAGAGCACAAAAAUUUUCACAGCUUGUUCUAAGGAGCUCAACUUGUCAGGACUCUUUUUGGAUGACGAGACACCUCCACUGUACAACCACAAAGAUUUUAACUUUUAUUUAAUUAAUAUUUCUUGAUUGGUCACUAUUUACAGGUUUUUAAACAUCUGCUGAAAUUUCAUCUCUUUAAAUCAGUGUCUGGGUGAUAAAAAUGAAGAAGAAGAGACAAAGUUAUUUAUGCCUGAAUCAUUGUUUCUUUGACAUCAGUGCCUCUACCUUCCAUAUAAGUGAGAUCUUGUUGAUUUUAGUUCACACUUCCAGUUGGACUUUACUUCAGAUGGCUUCACCUCUGCUUUAAGUUUAUUGUGUCUUUAUUUAGUUAUGGCAUGCAUUUUUUCCAUCUGCUGCUAAAGCAACACAUUUACAAGCCUCGCCAGAAAAAGGGUAAUUUUUUUCUACAUGUAUGUGUGACCUCUGUUCUGUAAAAACUAAUGUCAGAAUUAUUUCUCUUAUGUCUCUUUAGUGAGUCAAGUAUUUGCCAGGCUCGAGCGACUGUGAUGAUCUAUGAUGACAGUAAUAAGAAGUGGCUGCCGGCAGGUGCCGGGCCCCAGGCCUUCAGCAGAGUCCAGAUCUACCACAACCCCUCCACCAAUGCCUUCAGGGUAGUGGGACGCAAGAUGCAGACGGACCAGCAGGUAAAUCUGCAAGUCCUUGGCGAACUGUGUAUGCAUUACCUCUCUAUGGCUGUAUUCAAACUUCUAACUACAAAAUGUAUUCCUAAAAAAUCAGGACACUACGGCAGUGCGUGCUAUCGUAGUUGGUGAUGAGCGGUAUAACACUUCAAUUUAUUUCCUGUAUCCUUGGGCAGAUUUAGCAGGUUUUAUAUUUCAUAAAAGUUAAAGAAAGUUGUGCUUUGAAAGAGCCCUUUUUAAAUUAACGCUGACUCUCAUUUCAGUUCAUUAGCACAUCCUUUGUCAUAAAGCUUAAUUUCAGGUCAAAAACAUUAUUAAAUGUUGGACACCAUUUUGGUUAAGUUUUCACAACUUACAUACGCCUAAUGAGAAGGGUGCACCUGCCCCUGUGAACACAGUUUAUGCAGUGUCUGGGUUGAUCAAGGUCAUCUUUGGUUUCAGGGCUGACUCAGCAAACAUACUGCUUCUGUGUUUUGUCUUGAUGAUGAAAGAGAAGAAAAGCCUCUCUUGCACAGAUAUGUGGAUACAGAAGGAAGGAGAAAGUGCAUGUCCUUGUCUGAAAGAGGAGUGUGUUUGCUGCAUUGCCAUAUCCAAAAAUCCCAGACUGUCUUCUGAAAGCUAACUUCAAUGUUUUAUCACAAGGCAAUUAUAUGAAACUUUCUUGCUCAACAACUGUGAAAUCCUCAGGCAUUUAGAGGCGUCAAUGCUGAAUGGGUUUCCCAAUUCUGUUGCUCAUCAAUCAAUCAAUCUUUUUUAUCUAUUUUAUUUAUAUAGUGCCAAAUCACAACAGCCGCUGUCCCAUGACAUUUUCCAAUAGAGCAGGUUUAGACCAAAGUCAUUGUUUGAUGUAUUUCAAAGACCUGACCUCAAGAUGGGAAAAUAUUUAACCCAUCUUGAACCAACACGAGUAAAGCACUUCGAAGUAUUUCCUCUGGUCAUCUUUAGGAAAUGUUGACAGAGCUGCUGUCCAAGUGUGUCCAAGUGCAAUGCUGUCCCUCCGUUGUCAAUGGAGGACAGGGAACCUUUAAGCUGGGAAACUCCAAAGAUUGCCUUUCUCAAAUUUGGUUGUGAAUGACCCUGUCUCUUUCAGCACAGCAAUGAUGUUGUCCUGCCCAUCAGAAACAUUUAUGAAAAGAAAGAAUUGGUCAAGCUUUAAUAAAGUAAUCAGCACAAUAUCUGAAUUUCAAAACCUCACUCUGUUGUAGCAAUAAUUCUGGGCAAUAAAUGGAACAAAAUCCACUUUCAAAACAUCUGAACUGGGCUCCCAAAUAUGUACAAAGUGCUGAAUUCCAGAAUUCCAAAUUUUAUAGAAUUGAGGUUGUACAUUAUGGCCUAUUUAUGAAAAACUAUAUGUAUUUUGCCUUUUAUUACUACAAACGUUAAGUUCAAUGUUGCUCUGUGUUCAGUGACAUUAAGAAUAAGCAGUCCAAGCUAGUUGAAAAUCAAAAUCAAUGAAAUUAACUGUUAAGGGUGCCUGGGGAUUCGGUUUUUGUCGCCAUUUGAAUAAGUACUUAUUUAGUCUGAUUUCUGCUUGUAUCGAAACUCUGAAUUCUUGAGAAAGAAAGAAAGAAAUAUAAACAUAAGUGACGGCAUAAAACAAAGACAGGACAUAUAAUUGUCACAUCUGGUGUUGGUUUGUGAAACUAUCAUAUCUAUCUAAUAAAAGUAUAAAAACCAGGGUGGCAGGAGUCAAACAAUCCAUCAGUAGGAAUUCCCCUAAGAAACUCUUUACAUGGCAAACUUGUUAUUUUUCUUCCUCGGCCAUUUUAGUGGCACCUUGUUCAGUGCACUGGACUGAUAUCGACCAUCACCAUGUCAGCGUCAUGUUAUAACUGUACAUAGUAAGUGCUGUCCCUGGAAAAUUGAUUAUUUCAGUGUGACAUGAAGCAGAGUCAGAUGUUUUGUAAUUAAUAUGCAGGAUAAACCCUGUUAUUGAUUAUCUAUCUUUUUUCCUUUUCUAGGUGGUCAUUAACUGUCCAAUUGUUAGAGGUCUGAAAUAUAACCAGGCCACACCUAAUUUUCACCAGUGGCGGGAUGCAAGGCAGGUGUGGGGUCUCAACUUUGGGAGCAAGGAGGAUGCUGCUCUAUUCGCCAACGGCAUGUCACAUGCCCUGGAGGUGCUCACUUCCAUGUCAGAUGCAGGUAAAUGUGUUCAGCUCAGUAUUUGUUGUUUCAUGGAUACUCAUCUCUGCUAUAAGGAUAACAGUGAAUUGAUUGGUGUAAAAUUUAUGCUUGAAAGCGUAAACUCAGCCUUACAUGUCACAUGCAAACUGUUGAAAUUUGUAAAGCAUACCUGGAUGGGACAAAUUUAAUCUUGUUUUAUGGUGUCAGCUCUUCAGGCUACAGUCUAUAUCCUGUCCUCUGCUAAUCCAUAACAGUAGUUUGAGCCUUGUCAUACCACACCACAUUGUUAACCCAAUAAGUCGAUGAUUCAUGACAAGCGGAACUGGCAGUUUAUGAGUGUAAUGAACAAAUUCUAACAGCCAUUUUAAAAUCAAUAUAAUCUUUUUCGAAUUCUUAGAUGGUGUAGAAUAUUGAUUCCUUAAGUACAUAGCAGAGUCAUAAGCAGGUUAAUGUAUUGUAAAUGGAUGGUCAUGGUGGAAUUAAGAUCCUGUAUUUAUUAUUAUUAUAUAUAAGGGUGUGUACGCCAACAAAAAAACACAUAAACAACGUUAAACAAUUGUUUCUGUCACAAAUAGUUUUGUGUGUGUUUGUGUUUUGUAGGUUAUGCAACCCUUCCCCGCCCAGUGUCAAACGGACCAACCCCAGAAGAGCUCGAACAGCAGAGGAGGUACCUUCAGACUAUGGAGCUAGAACUUACACAAAAAAAAUAAUAAAUGCACACAGGGUUAUGAUAUAGAAUGUAAUAUGAGUGACUUUCUUCAAAUAAAUAUUUUUCAACACACACAGAAAUAUUUGUCCUCUAACAUAAAAAAACAGUACAAAGAAGAAAAUAUGGAUCCCCCUCUCCAAUAUGCUAAAACCAACAAGUAUACUACACAAGAUCCAUUUUAUUGGCUCGGUUAACUCAGGUGGGAGUGCAUGUAUAUGAUUGGCUGAAAAUAAGGGUGAUGUGUGACUGCCAAGAGAUGGUUCCCGUUUGAAAAUAUGUGUUAGCCGAUCCAAGCGAAGCAAAGAACCAGAAAAAAUCCACACACAAGUGAAUGUAUCAGAAAUAUAUUUGUGAACCCUUAUUAAUUGAUGUGGGUUCAUAUAUAAGCCUUUUUCUCUUCCAAUUUAAUUUGAGGAGGAAAAAAAAUACAGAUUGAACCUCCCAAAAUGUGUUUGUGAAAAUUUCUGUGUGUAUUUAUUCACAUUAAGGCCGAUCUAAUGCCAUAACACACUGCCUUGAGUUUUAUGAUUGUGUGCAUUUCUUUGAUGAAGUCGUGGAUGUGUUUGCUGUAAUUCCCCAGUACUUUACAGUACCAGUAUCAGUAUCAUACAGUUAAUUUUUAGAGGCAUAUUAGCUGGAGGAGGGGAGCAGGGGUCAGUGGUGUACACAGCUAGCUCAAUUUUCAGCAAUUGGUUAAUUAGAAGUUGUUAAAUCUAACCCUCAUAUUUUAAUCAAGGUCACUACAUUGAAUACAAAUCCUAAAUAAAGCUUCAAAAGAUGUUUCAAAUACAGAUCAGAGCUAUUUGAAAACAGUUUAUGCUGUACUGUUUUUUGCAAUGCAUCAUACCCUUUUGAUAGGUAAAUGUUCUGUUCGUUCGUUGAGCAUGCUACUGAAAAGUGUGUGUGUGUAUGUGUGUGUUAUUGUUUGCAGGUUGGAACAGCAGGAACGGGAGAGACAAGAGAGAGAGAGACAGGAGCAGGAACGACUAGAAAGAGAGAGACUGGAGAGAGAGAGACAAGCUGCAGCAGGUCAGAUAACAGCUGGGAUGGUACACAUAACAACAGAAAACUUAAAUACAGUCAAAGUGGUACCCAAUAUGUUCAGUCAAUUAACUGGUUCAUUUAAAACAAUGCAUCGUUACUUUUUUAGCCAUUUUUUAACCUCAGCUCAUCAUAUAAUGACGGUUGAAAAACAAAUUUUUCAAGACUCCCGUCUCUGAAUGUUUAAGGUCCGUCUCUCCCUCGUUGUUUAACUCAAGGUUUCGGUGAAGUUCAGUACGCUGCACUAUAGAAGUGAGUGAUAUUCGAUAGGGGGGCAGGUCUGUCGGUGAAAAGACUUCCGUGAAAGCAGUUCCCAUGUAUCAUGCCUCUGAUUUCCACUCUCUGUUCUCUGCUCACUCUCCUCCUAGCCACAUUGAGAGCUUUGGAAUAGCACUUAGUGGUCUGUGACUACUUCUGGUUCGGCUGAGGAUAGAAGGCAGAGGAGACUGUGGUUAAUAGCUUUGAGACAUAGGGCUUGUCGAUGAUGCCUGUAACUUUUGCUGAGGCUGCUGUUGCUGUAGGAACAGAGCUUGCGACUACGAUGCUACUAUUCCACCUUGAUGGGUGAUCAGAAAGAUUGGUUGUGUUGCCAGUGUAUGAUUACUGCCCACUUCAUUAGGUACACCUGUUCAAUUGCUUUUUAACACAAAUAGCUAAUCAGUGCAGCAACUCAAUGCAUUUAGGCAAGAAAGCAUUGUUAAGAUAACUUGCUGAAGUCCAAACUGAGCAUCAGAAUGGGGAAGAAAGGAGAUUUAAGUGUCUUUGAAAACAGCCUCAUUGUUGGUUGCAUCUCUAGGGUUUACAGAGAAUGGUCUGAAAGAGAGAACAUACCCAGUGUGUGGAAGUUGUACAUAUGGAGCUAGAUUGCUACAUCCAGGUAGGGGGACCCAUCCAGGUCAUAUAUAGUUUUUACUACACCUGAAAUGUGUGAACAUCAUGUUGAGUUUUUGACAUGUUAAAUAGCCAAAAAUGCAAUUACUUUGUAGCUCAAAAACUUAUAAAAGUCCAUUUCAUGAUAACAAAAUAGUCCAGUAAAACCUUCUCGGCUCUAUUGGAUCUGCUUGACCUCCUAUGAUUUGAACCAAAUGCAUAAGGACCCUUGCACCACUUUGGUGUUCUGGCCCUAAUAGCUGUCAUCUUUCACCAAAACUCUUCUUUCCUCAGUUAUAUAACACCUGCAUCAUGUCAUCUCCUCACUGCAGUGUUUCUUACCUAGCAAAUGAUAACUGAUGGUUCUUUUAUGUUUUUUCUUUUAGCCCCUAUUCCCCCAGCACCACCUUUAGCCCCUGGGGGUCCUGCUCCUCCACCAGCGCCUCCUCCACCCCCAAGUGGCAUCCCUCCCCCACCAGGACCACCUCCCUCAGGACCUCCCCCAGCCCCACCCCUACCUGCUAGUGGAGGAGGAGGAGGAGGAGGAGGAGGCGGCCUUGGUGGUGGUGGAGGGUUGGCAGCAGCUUUGGCAGGGGCUAAACUCCGCAAAGUAUCCAAGGUGAGUGCAAAAAGCUAAAGGCAACCUCCAGAGCCAGUGCAAUGCCUUUAGUGUCCACUUGAGGCUGACUGCCAAAACCAAGGGAUCACCAUCAACACUGAUUUUAAAAUUCCCAUUCUUACAUAAUAUUGUUAAUAAUUGUUCAUUUAUUCAUCAGUUUUCAUCGACGUCAGCUAAACUCAUAUGGAUUUUAUUUUUCUGGUAUCUGCUGCUCUCAGCAGGAGGAAGGAGGCCCUGCAGCAGGCAAAGCAGAUUCUAGUCGCAGCAGCAACUCCUCUAUUGGAGGAGGAGGUGGAGGUGGUGGACUAAUGGGCGAAAUGAGUGCCAUCUUGGCACGAAGGUGGGCAACAUCCCAAGUUUGGUGCCAAACAAAAUCUGUUAUUCCUAACACUACGUUAUAUUAAUGUGACAACUUGAUCACUUUGGUUUUAAUAUAAAGCAGUUUUCAUCUUUGUUAAAGGCUCUUAUUUGGUAUUGUGUGGUAAAUGUAUUGAGGACCAUUUAUCAAAAGUCCAUUUAUCUUUGUAAACCUCUGUUUUUAAAAGUGCUAUAAAAAUAAAGUUAUUAUGUUUUAUAACUUUUGUUUGACAACUUCAAUUUAAUUGCAACUGGUACGAAAAAGCCUGAGCUAGAUUUUUUGAUGUGAAAUGUAAUAGUAUGAAUAUUUGAAUACUUUUCGAGCUCAGUCUUUAUAUAUAAACAAAUUAUUUAUAAAGUUUUUAAACCAUCUGUUUAAAUGAAUUCUUUUUUACACCAGGAGGAAAGCUGCAGACACUGGAGAGAAGCCACCUGCGAAGACACAAGAUAAUGUAAGAUAACUGUUCAGCCUUUUAUAAUAUUUAAAUUGUACUUUCUGGUAAAAAAAAAAAAGGCCAAUAUUAGGCCAGAUAAAAAAAAAAAAUAGCAUGGUUUACGCUUACUUCUCUUUUUCACACAGGACGAUUCAGAAUCCCAAGGUCAAAAUGGUGAGAACUGAAUGUUAUUAUAAAAACUGAUUCUGGUAUUACAUUUUCAGCAGUUUAUCAGGUUAAAAAAUGUUUUUAUAUACGUUCCUCUUAGAUUCUCUAAGAAGACCCUGGGAGAAAUCGUCCAUGGCCAGGUAAUCCAGGAUUCUGUCACCUCCAUACAGCCAUUGCCAUUAAACCCAUUGCUUCUCUGUGUUUUGUGCUCAAAGUUCAAAGUUGUACCAAAAGUAGUCCCCCAUGGCUUGUUGCAUGGUUGUAUGUCUAUGCGUGAAUCUAUGUUCCCUUUAAUCACAAGUGUGCUUGCGUCUAAGUGUCUUCCAUUUUCAUUUUAAGAAGAGGAUGUGUGUGUCUCACUAACAGGAAUAACUCAGUUGCUAAGAGCAUGGACAUGACCCCCUCACUGUCCCAAAGUUCCAGGUAUACAUGCUUUCCUGUUCACUCAUUCCUAAGUUGCCCUUGUGCUUCUUUUCUCUCCCCUUUGACACAGCUGCAUUUGAUGUGCUAGGGCAACACAUUUAAGCACAUUACACUCAUUUUUUCAAAGUCACUACAAAACGCUUGGACAAAUACUGUCUUAUUUUGUGAUGAACUUUACCACAGUAUGUCACUCAGUUUUAUAUGAUUUCUAUCUUUGAUUGCUUUGCAUGUCUUUGUCUAAAUCCAUUUGAGGCAUUUGUAUGUGUAGGUUCUAAGAUGGAUAAAUUCAGUACAGCACAAUAUGUAGCUCCUUCUUUUAAAAGGACACUCAUUUAUUUUAUGUAUAUCCAUAAUGUAUAUGUAUAUUUCUCAGUCCUCUUAUUACUUUUCCCAUAAUUCUAUGGUACAAUGUAUAAGUCCUAUGUUAACGGUUCACCUUUCUUUGUAGUGCCAAGGCUCUCCUUUCCUUGUGUGAAACAUUCACUUCAAAUAUGUAAAAAAAUUUCUUGUCUUUUUACAGGUCAAAGGUUACAGGAAACAGUAAUGACGCAGGCGGAGCUGAUGACUCAGAUUUAGAGAAAAUGAAACAGGUAAAUUUUCAUCAGUCCAAAUCUUCAUAUCGUCAAUCUUAGUGAAUCGCACCGCAUACAUACAUGUAAUUGAUCUUAUUUGUAAUCCCUUAACCUGCAAGUGUCAUAUCUUGUUUAUGCAAUUUGGGAAGGGAAUAGAACAAUGCUGGUUUGACUUGCAAGACUCCUUUAAGAAAGUGUUUUAUCUUUGUUUGUAUACUUAGUUUAAUUUAGUCUAUUAGGACACCCAUCAGCUGCAACAUUGCAAUAUGUUAUAUGCAACAUUGCAAUAACAAUAUGACAGCAUCUUGAUAUUUAGUAUAACACUCACUGGUAGAAAAUCCAGUAUGAAAUACAUAUCACAUAUAACCAUACAGCACUCUGUCCAGCACAGGACGUAGACAUCGGUACAUACAAGCACAAUAAGGAAAGCUCCUAGCAACAAAACAUGAUACAUUCAAUGCACUGACGUAGUAUUUUCAGUAUCACACUAUAAUUCUCAUUAUUGUAAUAUUUUGGAUUGUUAUUUUUUUCUUGUACUUAUUAUCUUUGUUGUUAUUUAUUUAGUUAAUCAGUUGAUUUUGGAUCACUCUUACUGAGAUGAUCUGUUACCCAUACCUGGGUAAUCCUUUCACUGUAAACAACCACCAAUUUAUGUGAAUACACAAAUAUCCAACAAUACAAACCCUCACUGAUAUGCACACACAAAAUUAACACAGUAAAUUUCUGUUGUUUUACUGUGAGCACAAACAUAUGCUCAUAUGCAUAUGCUUAGAGAUAUGCUUAUUUACAUGCAUUAGAAUACCUUGGGUAGUCAAACGUAUGUAAACACUUAUUGUGUUUUUUUGCAGGAGAUUCUUGAGGAGGUGCGAAAAGAACUACAGAAAGUCAAGGAGGAAAUUAUUGGAGGUGAGAUAACUUUGUACUUUUUGAAAUUUUAACUUAGAAAAAAAGUUUGAUUCCUGAACAAUUCAUGUCUUUCAUGCAUGUUUCUAAUCUUCCCAUUCAUAGCCUUUAUCCAGGAGCUGCAAAAGAGAGGCACAUAAUUCUACUGAGUGUAAUAUCAGAGGGAUGUGAUGGACGGAUGGAUGUGCUCAAGACCAGCAGGAACCUCUCCACCACUGCAUCCUUCCAUUUAGCCCAGGGAUUCUUUUUUCUGCUGCACAUUUUCUCUUUCCUCCUCGUCUAGUCAACAAACACAUGUGAGCUUACUUGCUUAUAUGCACAUCAUGCAUAAUCACCUAAUGUAAACUGUUACCCAGGGAACAUCUUUAUGCACAUUCAAUGAAUACUUGCUGCCACUGUUAUCCACCUAUCCUAUUUCUCCCCUGAUUAUUUUUAAUUUUAUGAUCAUGUACACAUCAUCACACAUCAUGUAAACUCAGAAAAAUCAUUGUAGAAAUCCUGCUACUUGGGUCUCCUCCCCUCUGCUAUCAAGCAUUCUUCAGUAUUCAGGGACAACUAUGAAUCUUAAUUGUUACUUUGGUAGCAUGAUGCUGGCUUGCUGGGAUUGAUAGUAGUCCGUCUCAGUUGGCAACCAAUUGUUAACCUCAAACUUUUAUACGAAUAGUCACCUACUAGUAUGUAGUUGUCUCUAUUAGUGGAGAAGUGGUUGGGUGUUGUGUACAACAAAAUUGAGGACGCACUGGCAACCCCACUGCAAAGUCUCUCCCUGAAAUUGACUUUGAGCUCCAAGAGGUGGCUAAGAACUUCGACAGAACAACACCUGUUUUUCUCUGCCGCAAGAUAGAGAAGUUGGAGGAGGAGAAGACAAACAAAGGGAACUUGGUGGGUAGCCGGAGUGAUGUGAAAAAAGCAUGUGUUGUGGUUUUAUAAUGUAAGAGGGUAUUCUCUUUGCAUUGCACUUGUUCCAGGGGAAGUGAGCCUCAGUGCCACACUGCCUUGAUAGACUAUUUCUUUUCACUCAGAGAUUUCCUUUUUACACUAAGAUGAUUGUGUGCCAGUGUAGAGGCCCUAUACUGUGCUUCCUCUAGUUAUUUUCUUAUAUUUUAGCUUAUUUUCCAUACUGCAGAGCAUGAAAAAUGGCCAUAAUAAGGUGGGUUAAUUUGGCCAUGACCAACUGCCUUGAGUAAGUAAACAUGUAUACUCUAAUUAGCCAUAACAUUAUGCCCACCUGCCCAGUUCUCUGGAGAACCCUCUCUUGUCUAUUAAGGGCUAGAAUAGUCCUGACCUGAUAGGACAUAGACUCCACAGGACUUCUGGUGGUUGCCAUGUUAUCUGACACUAAGAAAUCUGCUGCAGACUUGAUUGGACUGAAAUCUGGGGAAUAUAGAGAUCGAGUCCGCACCUUGAACACACAGCUCCAGGCCUAUUUCUUACAUCGCUCUGUGGUCCUGUUCUGAUACUCACGUGUCCACUCCAGGAGCUUUCAGCAGAGGACAAGUUAGAAUGGGCACCCUGACUGCUCUGUAGCCCCAUAUGCAAGGAAUUGCGAUGUACUGUUUGUUGUGACACUUUUCUAUCAGAACUAGCAUGAACAUUUUCAUCAAUUUGAGCUCCAGUGGCUCAAACUGUGAGCCCUCAGGGGGAAUGGACGCACAACCUUCACUCCCCACAUAUCCAAAUGCCUUGGUCUUCCAUGACCUUGUCCCCAGUUCACUACUUUUCCUUCUUUGGUAGGUAUUGACCAUUGCAGACUGGGCUCACCCAACAAGAGCUGGAAUUUUGGAAAUACCCUGACCAAGUAGCCAUCAUAGUUUUGGUCCUUGUUGGAGCAGCUCACGUCCUAACAACGGUCAACUUUUACCUGCUAACUACACACAAACUUCAGGGACAAAAUGUUCACUUGAUGCCUGACAUAUCCCUCCCACUGACAGGUGACACUAAAAUGAGAUAAUCAAUGAUAUUCUCUCAGUCUGUCGGUGGUCAUAAUGUAUUGGCUGACUGGUGUAUAUAUACAGCGUAUAUGGAAAACCUAUAUUUGUUUUGAGGGCAAAUAUUUUCAAAAAAGAAAUGGUGUUCUAUUUUAACAGAAAUAACUGGUGAAUGGGGAUUAUAUUUUCCUUUUGUUUUUUUUGUAAUGAAAUAUUAUUUUGGGUUACUUUUUCUGUUUCUGAUAGCCUAAGCUUUUUACACUGAAAUGUAAAGAAAUCAGCUUAUAAACACUGGAUUAGAGAUGUCUUUAUAGUUGAAUACAGCUGCAUCUUGAAUUGCUUUGUCCUGAGUUAUCAAUAUCCAGAUCUGUUUCUAAUCGUGAGUUACUCAGAUUCGUUGAAAUGGAAAUGGGUUGAUAUGAACAAUGGGGAUGCAUGGCACAAACUUAUGUACUCUGAUAUGCAAAUUAAUCUUGUAGAGGAGACUUUGAAUUGAGCCUACAUAUGUUGCAGAAAAUAAGAUUUUUUUCCAGAAAUAAAACACUCGAGACCUUUUUAUUCAGAUAAAAAAUA